UGUAUAUUUGCACACUGCUUACCACGUCGAAUCCUAACAGUUCCUUUUCCACAUAGUUGUAAUUAUUACAUUGUAUAUGUUAAUUUUGCAUUCUUGCGUGUAGGCACUUAUAGCAACAGCAUUGCUGACGUUUUGUGUAUUCUACAAGCUAUUUAUAUGUAAUUCAACGAUUGCAUGGCUAAAUAAUAAAUUAAUUACAAUUAAUUUUUUAGAACAGGCAAGGAUAUGUUAAUUUAUAAUUUCGGGUCGCCAAUCGAUGGACCUACUUGGAAAGAAUUCUUUUCUGGACUUCUCGACAUAAAUAAAAUAUAUCCCUUGCAUAAUAUCAUAUAUUUUCCAUUUUUAUUUUUCUUCCGAUCUAAAAUACUAUAUAGAAUUUACGUUUGGCUCGGUCAUUUCCUUCCGGCUUUACUUAUGGAUGCUGCAAACAUCUGUAUGGGUCGUAGCCCAAGAAUGUGGAAAUUAAUUAUAAAAAGAGAUAAAGAUUUUGAAAUGUAUGAAUCUCUAAUUAUCAAAGAUUGGAAUUAUUCUACUGACAAUGUUCAAGCGAUGUGGGAUCAUCUCAGUGAGAAAGAUCAACAAUUAUUUAAUUUCAACAUGAUGGGAUUUGAUUGGACAAAAUAUUUCAUGGAUUAUCAUAAUGGCAUACGCCAUUAUCUACUCAAUGAAGAUGACAGCACGUUGGAAAUCAGUCGUAUCAAAUAUAAAAGAUUUUACUGGAUACAUCAAAUCAUCAAAGCUAUACUUAUCUUUAUUGUCCUUUGGACUAUGUGGUUCAUGUUUAGGAGAAUGUUUGCAUAAAUUUUACAUUUAAAUAUAAUGCCUUACUAUCGAUAUAUAUUCUCAAUAACUUAUUUUUAUGAAAUAUUUAACAAUAUAUGUAUUUACUAUCUGUAUACAUAAUAUUAUUAUAUACUGCACUUUAUCAAAAAUCUAUAUAUGUAUCCAUCUAUGUAUAAUAAAUGUUUCUUUACGAGGCGAUAACCACUUUCAAAUA